AAAGAAGAACUAUAAAAUUAUUAGUUUAAUUUGUCAAAAAGAUAUGCUAAUGUUUUCAAAAUAAUUGAUCACAAAAAGAGAUGGGAGCAGCCAGCCAAAAGACAAGUGAAAACGCGUAGACUAAAAGUGCUUCUUGUAGUAUUAAGUGUAAAAAUGUAAACCCUUGUUUUGCUUUGCUUUGCGCCAUUCCAUCUCCAUGUGACGCUGACCUAUUUAAAAUUAUAAUUCCUCCUCCCCACCCUUUUGCAUUGAAAAUCCUUCCUUUCUUCCCACUUCCUUCUACUUCACUCACUCUACAAAUUCUCCAUCUCAAUUCAAUGCAAAUACUCUCUCCUUUUUGUGUUUGAACCCUCAAUCUAUUCUUUUAGAGAAGAACCCAGAUUUCAGAAAUGGCUCGAGUUGGGAAUUUCAGAGCCACAAAGGUAAUUCUUCUCUUUCUUGUUUUGGUUCUUUUUGCUUCGGCUUUUUUCUUAUGUGUGCGCGCCGAAUCUGAAUCUCGAAAUGGAGAAUUGUUUCGAAGAGGUAGAAGAAUUUUGGAGUCGGUGGAAGAAGAUGAGCCGAAGAAGAAGAAGUCUAGUGAUGCCUUACCCACCAAAACUCAGAACAACAAGCUCAUUAAAGCUCCCAUCCAAUCCUCAAAAAACCAAACCAAGCUUAUUAAGAAUAGUUUGUCGACCAAGAACAAAACUAUGCUUGGUAAGACUACCAAUUCCACCAAACUGACAUCCAGUGGCAUCCUUAAGGUUGGGCUCAAGAAGCUUAAUUCCACCGCUAAGCUCAAUUACACAUCAAAAUCCUCCAAUUCUACCAAAACCACUUCACUCUCUGCCAAGAAAUCCUCAGAUCUACUCAAAAUAAGCACACCCAAGAACAAAACGACAACACCCAAUUCCUCAAAACAAUCCCAAACCACCCAUCUCGACAAAACAAACAAAGAGCAGAAAUCAGAGAAGAAGCCGAAUGAGGAAAAACCCAAAAAACAAGUACAGGCCAAAGCAAAACCCAGUUGGGUCGACGAUGACGAAGACGACGAUUUAGUCUCGGAGUUCAGAGAUCUACCCACGAAAUUUCAGAAAACUUUGAUCCCAGACCUGGCGAGAAUCUCCACCACUUCCAAAGCAUACAUUACUAAAGCCAACAAACAAAUGACAAUGGGAUUCAAACCCAUCGUGGGUAACAAAUACGCCUCCACAAUCGCUUCUCUAACCUCCUUCGCAUUCAUUUUGAUUCCGUUAAUCUUGGUUAGUCUUUUAUUCAAUCGGAUCAAAGCUUAUUUCUCACUCCAAAAGUUACUGAUAUUCAUCCAAGUCUACCUAGCAAUCUACUUCGGCAUCCUGUGCUUAUCGUCGGUGGUGACUGGGCUGGAGCCCCUAAAAUUUUUCUACGCCACCUCGCAAUCAACCUACAUUUGCUUGCAGGUAAUGCAAACCCUUGGAUACAUCUUGUAUCUGCUGCUUCUGGUGAUGUACCUGGUGCUGGUGUUCUCCACCGAUUGUGGGCUGGGCUCGAGGAUGUUGGGCCUGGCCCAAACCUUCGUUGGGUAUGCAGUGGGUUUGCAUUACUACGUGUCGGUGUUCCAUAGGAUGGUCCUACACCAACCACCAAGAACGAACUGGAAAAUUCAUGGUAUUUACGCCACGUGUUUUCUUGUGAUUUGUGGGUUGGCCGGGGCGGAGAGGAGGAAGAAAUCUUAUUUGGAAGAAGACGGAACAGAGGGGAAGAAGAGUUGAUUCAAAUUCAAUUGAAUCUUAAAUUUAGUUUUUAUAAAUUUUUAUUGGUCGUUACCAAUAAUAACUUUUCUUUCUUCUUAUGUUUUUGAAUAUGUUACUGUGUUAGUAUUGGGGAUCAAAGCACCAAAUGGCCAAAAUACCAAAAGAAAUUGUACGGUUCCGUUUGGGUAGCUAGGGGCUAUAUUUCUAUUAUUCGAUUACAGAUUUACAUUACAUUAUUGUUGCAAAGAAGAUGAAAAUGAAAGAUAGUUAUUUCUUUGGGUUUUUGGUACCGAAA